GCACGCGCGCACACACGCACGCACGUGUGCGUACCUACACACAGACACGCGCGCGCACGCCCCCAACCAGGUGCCACUAAUCAGACACACAGUGGCACAAGGUCGCACAGAGACUCUCUGAUCCGUGCACAAAUAUUAAGGGGGCACCAUUGCGUGUGGGCGUGUGCGCGACAAACAAUUGUCUGUUCAGAACUCGUACGACGGGCAGCAUCUGUAAUCUCUCCAUAACUCGAAUACUGCUUGUUUGACUGUGCAGCAAGACACAGAGAGAGAGAGAAGGAAACCUCAUUUAGGGCUGCACCCUCAUCUGAGCGCGACCCGCGUGUGGCCACCCCGUCUCUCUGGUCGUGAUCCCCCCCGGCUGGCUGCAUGCUGCUGCACCUGUGCGGCCUCGAGAUGCUCACCGUGGCGAGGGAGGGCUUCCCGCCGUCGCCUCGAGAGUGGAGCGGCUCCGAGAGCAGCGGCCGCGACUCGUGGCUGCAGCAGGGGUCGCCGCCCUCCGCGGAGUCCGCGGAGCUGGAAGCAGACGGGUUCAUGCUGAUGGGCGCGGAGGGAGGAGGCAGCAGCGGCGGGUACUCGCCGCCAGCCUCGGGCAGAACGCGUCGAGAGCUCUUCAAAGCUCUCGGCGGUGGUGACGGCUCGCCCACGCCGAGCCCCGAGGAGCGGCCCCUGCAGGGCCUCGCGUUGCGCCCCGAGUUCAGGGGAGCCGCCGUGGACGUCUCCGCCGCGGCUCCCGUGGUCGUGCAGAAGCAACGGCGCCUCGCGGCGAACGCGCGCGAGCGGCGCCGCAUGCACGGCCUCAACCACGCAUUCGACCGCCUGCGGAACGUCAUCCCCUCGUUCGCGGGCGACAAGAAACUCUCCAAGUACGAGACGCUGCAGAUGGCGCAGAUUUACAUCGGCGCUCUCGCCGAGCUCCUCAAGGGGGAGGCGGCAGCCGCAGCGACGGUGACCGAGACCCACGGCGUGGGGUCCGGCUCCGCGAAGGCGGAAAGCGACGACAGCGAACGCGUCAAGGUGGAGCCCUGCCUCCCGCGGCAAGCCGAGGCGUGAGGUCGCGGGGGGCAGCAAAGGGGUGGGAGCGCGGAUUGAACGCGUUCUAGUCAUGCGUGGCUCUGGUCAACAAUUCACGAGGACUCGAACGCACGCGCACACCCUCGUGCCAGAGGCAGUGCACAUACUGUAUAUAGUGCAUACUGUAUGGCGAACGUGCGACUUGGGGCCAGCCAGAUUCGCGUCGUCAUGAAACGGCCGAAGCGAUUCGUCUCAUUGUUGGUUGGUGAUGGAGACGUCGGCGCGUUUUCGCCAAAAAAACUCGGACGAAAAGGAACAUCCGCCAACAACACGUGAAUUGGGCCCUCUGUGUGUGUUUGUCCUCUCUAUAAACGAGCCGAUUGCACGCGUGUGUGCAGUCUGUGUAUGAAGCACGCCGCUUUUACGCGCUAAAUUGUCCGUGAGUGUGUGAAUCAAAGACCGCCAAUGGAACACGGCUCACGCACAAUGUUGUUUAGAAUGCGCGCAUCGGAUUGCGAAGAGUACAUUUUGCGCAUAGAAUGGUCCCGUGAGAUUAAUGCCAGUAGAACUUGUCUUGCUAUUAAUACGCCCCAAUAGAAGUCUCACAAGUUGUUGCCUUUUUAUCAUUUCAUGAAAACAAUCGAAUGUUCUUCUUACAAAAACAUGCGCCUUAAACAAACAAAACGCCCAAACAAUUCUUGACAUUUCACGUCUGUGGCGUCCGACAGCUGCAAAUGUGAUAUUCGCUCAGAGAGGCGACAAGGGCUGCAGAUGAUCCUUGACCCGAAUAUUGCCAUAGGAGCCUUGCUCGAGACGCGCGUGCGAGAUGACGGCGCUGCGCGUCUGACAGCGCGCCUCCACGAAGGAGCCGCGACGAAUGGGAAUCGGAGCGCGCGAAUUGCAAGGCUCGCGAGCGGACCCGCAUGCUUUAUGUACAAUCCAAAGCGCUUUCAGUCCGACUUUAAGUCAAACAUGUUUUCCAAGUCUAUGAAAUAAUAUGAAUUCACUAAUGUUGACCGUGCCACCUGUGCGAGUUUUGUAUUUAAAAAAAAAGUUUGAGGUGGGCGAGUUGAUUAGGGAAAGCGGGUGGGUGCGUUUUUGUCAUGUUCUAUACAACUUCGCUCUCCGUCAUAAGUGAGUGGGUGGUUCGUUUCACUCGUGAGGGCUCACGCCGCCACGUGGCGGAUGUCACUCAACGAAGCCAAUCGACUAGUUGCGGACGAAGUCCGUUCAGGACAAAACCCCAACUGGCGAAGUCAAACACACGCAACCAAUCCGAGGUGCACUUGCCACGCGAAGCGGAGAGGGCGCGUUGAUCGCGAAGUGCAUUCGGCAGACAGUUUUCGAGACUUGUCUUCAACGAUGUCCAUGCCGCGCUCUUGCGUUCCACUCAUCAAGUCCACGAAGUGGCGUUUGUCGAGCACAGUACAGCACGUAUCGAAACAAAGAAUGCACUUUUUUCCAUUGCGAGAGUGAAAUAGACACACGUUAAAAUUGGUUACAAGAUAACACGUUAGAAAUACUGCAAUGACACAACACGACAUUGUUGUUAUUUCCAUACGGUGCCUGGGUGCGUUUGUGUGCGUGCGUGUACACAGUGGGGAGCGGUAGUGUAGCGGUUAGCGCGCUGCGCUACGAACCUGGCGACCCGGGUUCGAUUCCCGCUCACGGCCAAAAUCAGUGACGAUUAUCUGAGCCGGUCCUGGGCCUCUCCCCUAGGUAGACUCAACCUCAAAUGAGUACUUAGUGCGGUGUGCAAACAUCGCCACUGGGGAGACAAAGGCGACCGGGCGUGGUGCUGGCCACCCCACCCCCCUCGUGUACCGUGCCGGCCUUCGUAGGUGCUCGCUAACAGCACUUGCCCCAACAGUUUGUUACAGACUUGUUUUUUGUACACAGUGUGUUGUGACGCGCGCACGUCGUGUCCACGGGUGCCUUGUGGGAGCCCCGCAUCGCGGUCAUGGCCAAUGAAGUCGGCACCGCGACGCUCGGCGCUGUCACCGUACCACGUUUGCCGGUGCUCGUGAAUCGAAGCGACUAUUGUUGCGUUGGGCAAGGGUGACCGACGCGUUU